ACCACCAUUUUCAAUAUGGUGGUGAACUAUGACGGGAGCCUACGUACCCCUCCAAAGAUAAGGUUGCAUGGCUUCAUACAACCAUUGUUUCAUGCAACCAUAGAAACUGAAGUGCUACAACAUAAGGCCAUGGCCAUAGCCAUGUCUGUAGCUUAUACUUCUCUCUUCUCUACUUUCUACUCUACAAACCAAUGCAUGUAUCUCAAGCAUCGCAGACACUUCUCAUUGCAGGCCAUCAAUGUGGACUACUUGAAGAGGGAAUUCAGUGGCCAUGGGGCCCAUUUCUCGGCGAUCGGCGACAGCUGUGUGGUCAAGAUGGGGAUCGAGAACGGCAGCGGGGCCACCCUCAUGCUGCCGAGCGGCUUGAUCACGUCGUACAAGCCUCACAUGUGGCACGGCGGCACGCUCGAGGUGUUGCAUACGUCGGUCUCCGAAGGGGAGGAUGGCGGUGGACCGAUCGUUCGAGGGGGCGUGUCCAUGGAUAUGAAAUGUGGGGAUGAUGAUGGUGGGCCCACAUGGGCCCCAAGAAGUUGGGCACUUCAUGAUGUUAGAGGGAGUCCUCAGAAAUCUGUUCAGGUAGAACUGAAAUGCAAUGACUCAGAACACAUGGUUGAAUUCAAGUACAUUGUAACUCUCCACCAAGACCUCCUCAGCUCAGAGAUUAUAGUGACUAAUCUCAAGUCGUCAGCCGUCCAUUUGACAGGGUCUGUUAUCAGCCAUCUAACUGUCAGUACCCCUGAUGCAACUUAUGCUGUCGGUCUACAAGGCUCGAACUACUCAACGAAGCCGCCAUUGGUGUCGGACUUCAGCAUCAUUCCUCCAGGUUACUUUGGCCAGAAGAAAUUGUCUGGGUCUGGCCAAUCAUGGGGUCAGAAAGCACUCCAAGGAUUGUUUCCUAGUUGGGGCGGGAGCGAUAAGGAGUUCGAUGGAUUGAAUACAACCGAAGGUGGGGAUUCAGAAGAAGAAAUGGAAGGUGAAGAGGAUGAUAAUUACGCGCACUUAACUGAAAAAAUGAGCAGGAUUUAUACAAGUGCACCAAGGAAGUUUACAGUUCUAGACAGGGGCAGAAGAAAUUCAGUCAUAGUGAGGAGAAUCGGGUUCGACGAAUUGUAUGUUUUCAGUCCUGGAUCAAGCUAUGAAUGGUACGGCAAGUAUGCCUACAUCUGUACAGGUCCCUCAGCUUGGCUAAAACCAAUAGUCUUGGGUCCCAACAGUGUAUGGAGUGGUGCUCAGUAUCUGCAUAAUCCCAACCUCUAAAAAUCACACCAAAGAAAUAACACGUCGGUGUUUUAUUCAAUAUGCGGAAACAGCAAAAAUAACCUAUGACUGAAAGAUACCGAGCUUUUGUUGGAAACUAAGGAUUUUCAUUUUCCUUUUUUUCCUCAACUUGGUCUUGGAAAUGUAGAAUUGAAAGAAAUAUGCAUUCUCUAUUUGGGGCA